AUAUGUGAGAGCCUGGCACGGUGGGUUUUUUAAAAAGAAAUUCUAGCUUGUGAGAUUAGCUUCAGUUUACACACAGAAGAGUAAAGUUCCAGGUAGACUUAUUCAUCCUCUCUCACCUUUUUCAAGGAACAGUCUGCUUUCUUUGACUACCUAUCAAUGUCUGAAGAAAUUGUUUAUGCAAAUCUCAAAUUCCGGGACUCUGAUACGAAAGAAAAUACCCAGAAGUCUGAAAAAUGUGGGGGGAAAGUACCUUCCGCCCCUUCCCAUUCACAGCAUAAGACAGCGUUGAGUCUGACUGUUCUGUGCCUUCUCCUGCUGGCUGGACUGGGAGUCCUAGGAGGAUUGUUCUAUACAACUUUGGAGACAGAAACCAUAAAAUCAAAUGAACUACAAAGCAUCAAGGAAGAACUUAAGAGAAAUAUUUCCCUUCAGCUGAUACACAGUCUCAACAGCUCCAAGGAAAUCAAGAACCUCUCUGCUGUGCUGCAAAGGAUGGCCACCCAGCUGUGUCGUGAGCUGUAUAAAAAAGAACCAGAGCACAAAUGCAAACCUUGUCCAAAGGGUUCGAAAUGGUACAAGGACAGCUGUUAUCUCAGACUUGGUGAAUCAGGAACAUGGCAAAACAGUGAAAUGCUGUGCUCUGCUCGGAAUGCUAGCCUGCUGAAGAUUAAGGACAAGAGUGUGCUGGAAUUUGUAAAGUCGGAAAGCUUAAGUAAUUAUUGGCUGGGAUUGUCACCCAGAAGAGAUCAAGCAAAAUCUGAGACACUAACUGAGAAAAUGUUUCUCUCUAUAGGGUUUGAAAGAAGCACAUAUGACUUAAGUAAGAUGUACUGCGGAUACAUAGAAAGGACAUAUGUCUACUAUUCACGUUGCACUCUGAAGAAAAAUGUCCUAUGUGAGGAGACAGCCAGUGAUGUACAGAUGGAGAGUGUGCUGAAUGACAUUCCGGAGGAAAGCUUGUAGCUACCAAUGAGAGUAGCCUCCAUAGGCUCACAUGUUUGAAUACUUGAUCCCCAGUUGGUGGAACUGUCGGGGAAGGAUGAGAAGGUGUGGCUUUUUCACAGGUGCUACUCCACUGAUGACAGGCUUUGGUUUUCAGAAGGCCACACCAUUUCCAGUUAACUCAUUCUCUGUCUUAUUCUUGUGGGUUGAGAUGUGAGCUCUCAGCUACUGCUCAAAGCAGGUCUGCCUGUCUGCUGACUUGCUCCCCUCUACAAUAGCCAAGAACUCUAACCCUUCAGAACCAUGAGCUCCAAAUUCAACACUUCCUUUUAUACGUUGCUUUAGUCAUGGUGUUUUGUCACAGCAGUUGAAAAGUAGCUAAGACACCUGUCAGGAAGAGGAACUUUAGGUAGUAUACAUCUCCUGUCUCAAAUAAACAUAGUAUCGACAAUUUGACUACAGCUUCUGCUGCUCCUCAUGUUUAGUCUAGAUAUCUUUUCCUCCUUUGCUGACUGUCCCUACACUAAUUCAUAGCUUAUCACCAUGUAUGUUUUUAAAGCACACAAUACACUGAGGUAUAUAAUCUGCACAGGAAAAAAAAAUAAAGUGAGCUAGAAGGAAAACAUCAAGAAUGAGAGAAUGAAAGAUAUAGAGGAAAAAUAAGCAAAAGGGUAAAGAAAAAGUCAGAAGGAAACAAUUAAGAAAGCGUGUGUCUUUUCCCAUAUUCCCUCAGAUUAGAAAAUACCCCUAUUCCUUGGAUCUUCCUUGAGCCCUGCAGUUCUCACGGCUGGUCCCCACAGCAGCUGUAGUGCAUGUUCUGGGAUCUAAAGACCUCAGGUAGCCACACUACUUUAGCUCUGUUGCCUGAUGUAUAACAUAGUCUCUCUAUUGGGGUGGCUCUACUCUGUGCCUAUAGCUUCCCUCAAUAGUAUCUCUGCCAUCCUUGGGUUUCCAGUGAAACUGUACACAUCUUCAAAGAUGGAUGCAAUGACUUCCCAGAGUCUCCUUACAGGGACUUUCCCCUGCUUCACAUUGCCUGGCCUCUCACACUCAGAAGAGUGAAGAAGAAUUCAUGAACACCCUCAGUUUUGGAACUUUCAUACCUGAAAAACCAGUAUUACUUGAUGGACAAUGCUGCCAAAUUCCCCUGAUACCUUGAGAAGCAUCCCAACCCCCUUGGCCCACAAUUUGUGUUGGCCUGUAUGUACCUCCACCCUGGGGAAAUACCUCUCUACAAGGCUGUUUUCAAGUGGGAAGCACGUCUAGUCACUUUCUUACUCAAGCCCUCUCUUUGAAAAUAAACUUUCA